AUGGCCCAGUUUGCUUCUAAUGCAUGCGAUAUAUGUAUGAGUGGACCAGGGCACAACUAUUGUGAACAAUGCAACCAGUGGCUGUGUGAUUAUUGUAAAUUGUUACAUCUUCGAUCAAAAAUAAGUAGAAGUCACACCUUUCUCAAUGGGACUUACAUCAGCCAAGAAGACAAUACAUUUUGUAAAGAGCACGGCGAAAACUUUAUAUGUUAUUGCACUGAUUGUGAUUUACCGAUAUGUAAAAUAUGUAUCGUAAGAAAACAUCAAAAGCAUGAUUUGUCUGAAAUCAAUGAAAUGACACGAGGAUUACAGUCUGAGCUGAAACAAAUCAUGGCAUCAAAGAUGCGAUCUGUCAAAGCCAAUCUAGAAACAAUUGAAAAAGUUGAAUGGAGAUAUCAGAGCAAUGUCGAGGAAGCUAUCCGUUCAAUUACAGAAGAUGCGAAUCAGAUGAAGCUGUGGAUUGACAAGAAAGUGCAUGCGCUAAUAUCAUCAAUAGAAAAAAAGAAAGAUGUAAACCUACGUGCCGUACAAUCUGUUGAAAGUGGAUUUAGAAAUGAUAUGAGAGAAUUAAAAAAAUCUCAGAGCGUUUUCAACGACACUACGACGAUAACCGAUGUUAUUAAACUUCUAGAACAGUUGCAGAAUAUUAAAUCAGAAUUGAAUAAUGCAUACGAAAGGCACCUUCCGGUCAUGCCAAACUUAAAAUACUACAAACGAAAUGCAUCUGAACGAGAUAUUAUUAAGUUAUUUGGAGACAUAUCGUCCCAAGAAAUACAUUACGAUAGAAAUAAUAAGGCAGAGAGGAAUAUCAGGGAAGAAAUACUAACUAGAAAGAAACCUGUAAUGUGA